UAUAAUUACCGUAUCAUAUGCGCCUCUCUAAACACCGCCGCAGUCUGCAGCUCAAGUAUUGGUGUUGAAUGUACUUUUUUUCUGAGAGAGACUGUCUUCACUAGGCUUGAGUACAUACGACACAUUCUUGGUACAUGGCAUCAGUAAACGGAUUUUCAGGAACGGGAAGGACAGGUUAUGAGAAUGCCCAUGACACGCGGGUGAAGUAAAAUGUCGGAUACCUGUUUUAAACUUUAAAUUAUUUUCGUGUCAGGUGGCGGUGAAGUAAAUUCAAACAUUUACAAGCGUGGACAAGAGGAAAUGUUUACUUGUGAAAUGUGAUUUGGUCAACCCCUGUCCUGUUUCUAAAUAGUAUUAUAUUUGAAAGAUGAAUGUGCAUACCUUUAGAAUUCAAAUAAUGCCAUGAAACACCAAAAAUCUCGAAACUACAAUUCUUUGCUAUUAUAUAAAGGACACAGGAUACCCGCAACUGUCUCACAUGGUAUGUUGAUAGUAAAUGAUAUGUUUAUAAGUACAGAUCUUCAAAACAAAACAAAAUUCAAUGAAUCAAUGCUAGACAACGAGAUAGUACUGUCUGUGAAUGUUCCUGUGAUCGUGUUGAAAGCGGUUGCCAUGACAGUCAUAAUGGCUACCGCCAUCGUAGGGAACUCGCUGGUGAUAAUAAGUGUAAAAAGGUUUGAAAAGCUACGAGGGAGAGUUACCAACUAUUUCAUCGUGUCUCUGGCAUUUGCCGAUAUAAUUGUUGCUAUUCUAGUUAUGCCGUUUAAUGCAAGCCAGGAAAUCACAGGAAAAUGGUUGUUUGGGAGAACUAUGUGUGACGUAUUUAACGCAAAUGAUGUAUUGUUUAGCACUGCUUCUAUACUGCAUCUAUGCUGCAUAAGUGUCGACCGUUACAUAGCCAUCAAUUAUCCACUCCAAUACGACACCAAAAUGUCCUCACGUUGUGCAGGCGCAAUGAUCUUUGCUACAUGGAUCGCUUCAGCACUUAUAUCCUAUAUUCCCAUCCAUGCCCAGUUUUACACAACGCAAGAACAUUACAAACUUUUGGAACAAAAUACAGACUCGUGUUCCUUUCAUGUGAACAAGAUUUACGCCGUUAUCUCUUCAAGUGUGUCAUUUUGGAUUCCGUGCACUAUAAUGGUUUUUGUGUAUUUUAGAAUAUUUAAAACUGCUCGCCAGCAAGAGAAUCACAUUUGCUCUACCAGCUUCUAUCGCUACGCUGAAGGUGGCAAUUUAGACGCUCUUCUUCAAGUUUCAUCAAAAUCCAAGAAAAUAUCUGAACGUACGAGAAUGAAACGUGAACACAAAGCUGCCAAAACGUUAGGAAUUGUAAUGGGUGCUUUUAUUAUGUGUUUUCUACCGUUCUUCUCGUGGUAUUUGAUAACUUCUUUGUGUGCUGAAAAUUGUCCUUAUCCACCAAUAUUAGGUUCCAUAUUAUUCUGGAUUGGAUAUUUCAAUUCUUGUUUAAAUCCAAUUAUUUAUGCUUAUUACAAUUUGGAAUUCCGAACAGCGUUCAAAAGGCUUUUGCACUUACGCAGUUCCCACGGUUCAUUUUUGAGUUGUUCUUUGGAUGGUGAAAAUGAUAUAUCCAAAUAAUGGAACAAGAAGGAAUCCGAAUUGACAAAUAUCUUAAGUGAUUGCAUCCGAUUGUUCACAGAAAUAUUUCCCUACAAAAAAGUUCCAACUGACUGGGACUAUCCUAAUAAGUUUAAAAAAGAUGUGUUUGUGAAACACUUUAACCCCCGUAUGGCAGCUUAUAGCGAGGGUUGAAAUUUCCAAAAUACACUUUAUACUCCAAGGUCAAGGUCAAAAGGUCAAAUUUGUUGAAGCCUAAAGCAUGGUCUUGUCACAAAAAAUAUACCUGUGAAAUAUGAAAGCCCAAGUAUACACGGUUCAAAAGUUAUGGUCAAGGUUAAAGUUUUUAAGUGGGUCAAACUCUAAGGUCAAAGUCAAAAUUGCUGGUAUUCAAAGAAGGUUCUUAUCACAAGGAACACAUUUGUGAAAUAUGAAAGCCCUAGAUCUAACGGCUCAAAAGUAAUGGUCAAGGAUAAUUUUUUUCUUUAAGCGAUCCAAACUCUAAGGUCAAGGUCAAAUUUUUAAAAACCCAGUAGAAGGUCUUGUCAAAGUUAAUACACAUGUGAGGUAUGAAAGCCCUUGCACCACUUUUCAAAAGUUAUGGAUCUGGUUAAAGUUCGAAAAUUUUGGUAAACUAACACACAUGCAUAUUAGGCUUUUUCAGCUUCCGACCUUUCCGUUGGCAAAAUUUACAUUCCGGUGGAAUUAUCAAGAAAUCAACUCAACGAAUUCAAAGAGUUAUCACAGAGAAAACAAAUAGAAAUUGAAUUAUUUAUUAAUA